GACAAAGGAUGUAAAUUUCCUCUAGAAGCAUCUUCCUGUCGUUUGUUUUCGGUGCAGAAAUAUCUUCAGUUCUUUCGUUAGAAACUACCGACGUCACGUUCAAAACAAAAUAAUAAACUUUACGCUCAUAGUUACUUAACUAGUUAGCAGUUAUCCUGAACCAGUAGUUGUAUAGCGACAUUAAUGUUGCAGGUCUCCUGUUUAGUUAUCGCUUCACAUUAGUUCGUAGCGUGUUAGAAUAAGGCUUUUAUCUCCUCUAAGAGUUUGUUAUGUAGUUACACUUUCACACUACUGGUGAUGUUUAGUGUUCAUUUUUUUUUAUCCACAUCAGUUAGAGCAUCAGUUUGCGGUGUGUCCGAGUUCUUAAUGUGACAGCAGGGCAUGUGGAGAGAGGAGAGGUGGUGGUGAUGAUGAUGUUUACAGAGUGUUAUCAGGACACUUGUUCGGCGGUGGCGCUGGCAGUGAGGAGAGGAGAGGGCAGGCUAGUGCAGAAACUCCUGAGGAAAGGCCACUCGGUGGAUGUGAAAGAUAACCGCGGCUGGAACGCUUUACAUGAAGCUGCUGCUGGAGGACAUGCGCAGUGUGUGCGCUUCCUGCUCACUGCUUCCGAUAGCGGUGAAGACUAUGUGAACUCACUGACUCACAACUCGGAAACACCUCUGUAUUUUGCGGCGAAGAACGGUCACUUCCGGGCAGCACGGCGCCUCAUAAGGGCUGGGGCAGAUCUCAACAAGAUGUCCAAUGACCUCUCCAGCCCACUGUUUGCCGCUGUGGAUAGCGGCCAUAAAGAAAUCGUGGAGCUGCUGGUCAGCGAAGGAGCAGAGGUUAAUGGAACACACUUCAUCUCCGGCUGGUCCUGUCUUCAUCAGGCUGUUUACAAGGGCCACACAGAGAUUGUAAAAUUUCUGGUAAACGUGUGUUCUCUUGAAGCCAUGGAUGAUUAUGGGAUCACGCCGUUGUUCGUUGCUGCACAGUACGGACAUCACCAGUGUCUAGAGAUCCUUGCCAAUGCUGGUGCAAAUGUGAAUUGCCAGGCGAAGGACAUGGCCACCCCGCUGCUCAUUGCAGCUCAGGAAGGCCAUUUAUCAUGCGUGGAGCUUCUUCUGGCCCAUAAGGCGGACCCAAACCUCUACUGCAAUGAAGACCAGUGGCAGCUUCCCAUCCAUGCUGCAGCCCAGUUCAGUCGCAUCAGUAUUCUAGAAAAAUUGAUUGCGGUGACGGAACGGACAUGUGACCGGGGCGAAGGAAAAGUCAGUCCAGUGUAUCUGGCAGUAUUUAGUGGUCAAGCGGAAAGCCUUCGGCCUCUUCUCAGAGAGGGCUACAGUCCAGAUGCUCAGAGCUGCAGUGAGUUCGGAUAUCGCUGCCCGUUAGACAUGGCUCUCUGGUGUAACUCUUGGAAUGCGGGCGGUGAUUUCCAUCAGAGCAGAGAGAUCACAAAAAUGCUGCUGGCUGACGGCGCUUGCGUCAGCCUGCCUACAUACAUGUUGACAUUGCAGGGCCACGUACCUGAACAUCUGUCGCUCAUCCUGGAAUAUUCUGGCCUGCCUAAGGGCGAGCAGCUGGAGGCACUAGUUCAGGCAGCGCUUAAUAAAGUGGCCCAUGCUUCAUUUUGGCUUCCACUGCUGCUCAAAGCAGGACUAGACCCUCUACUUCUCCUUCAGCAGAAAAUGCUACAAGAGGCUGAAUCCAGAGUACUUAAUUUCUUGCUGGAGUUGAUUAAUUGGAAGACUCUGCCAUCAACAUUGCUUCACAUCCUGUCUCAGCGCAGAGCAGAGGGCACUUGGACGCCACAUAAACAUUUUGAGAGUGUUCCUGAUCUGACUCAUCUGUGUAGACUCGCUGUAAGAGCUUCAGUGGGCAGUGCUGCUUUGUCUAAACCCGCCUUUGUUCGGCAGCUGCCUGUUCCCACACUUCUGCAAGACUACAUCCAGUUCAAUGACAUCUCGAGUGCUUACACGUUCACGGCCUCAGCUAACCGAGAUUCGGCUAAUUAAGUGAUCUCGCAUGUUCCGCUCACAGUAUUUUGUAUAUAUGUUAAUAAAACACUACUGAAAUUA